AUGAACGACUGGAUGAGUCUCUUCCUCGUCGAUGUCCUCGUCAGAUUCAUUGUAGCGAUCCAAAUUGUACAAUUGGACACCGUCGAGAAUGAUGAGCACUUCGUCGUACGUUCCCUUGGACACAAAGAAGAAUUGCUCGCGUUCGAAUGCUAUCGGAAGCUCGAUAGCGUUGAAAAGGCAUCGGAAGUAGCUGGGCUCAAGAGAAUCGACGACGCCAGAGAGGUUCUGAAAAACCAACUCUCCAAGCUCAGCGAUCGCACGAAGCAGUUGUUUUUGGCGAGGAAGACAAAUGAAGUACUCGAUGGUCUCAUCUGGGUGACGAGCCACUGCGAACGCGGCGUAUCCUUUCGGAUCGGUGAAGUUUCGCAAGAAGAGAUGCAAGUUUCCGUAGGUGUCGAAGUGGAAGAGAGAUGUGCACUCGGUGUUGGGAUCACAGUCGUACGGCUCACCAAAGCACGUAUCCUCGAGCGAACAGUCGAUGGUAGCGGUGGCAAAGGCGACGAGGAGGGCCGUAAGGCAGAGAUUACGAAGAAGAACCAUAUUCUGAAAAUUUAA